UCUUAGCCUCUUAGAAAAGCAUUAGAUAUCUCAUUGUAAUUCAUUCUUCUCUGGCGUUUUAUUAGUAACCACGAAGAGUCUGCAUGCGGAGUAAGGUUCCAUGCGUGAUAUCUUAAAAAGCUUUUUUUAACAAAAAUGAUUGAUUUAAACCAUUCAUGUUCAAGUGCUUUUUUUAAAGGGAACUGUUGCCAAUUAUCGGAUUCGGUAAACUCAUUGAAAGAGGAAAAAACAAAAUGUUCAACGUUUCGUUUAUGGUUUCCACAAUAUGUUAAAGUGAUUCUCUUUCUACUCGUAGUGGAUUGUAUUUUUCUCGGUACCACAGCUGCAUCUAUUCAAAGUCGCGAUUUUUACAAAAUAUUAAAAGUUCCCCGAAAUGCUGAUAUUUCUUUAAUUAAAAAAAAUUAUCGGAAGUUAUCAAAGGAACUUCAUCCUGAUACCAAUCCUAAUUCACCUCCUCAAGCAUUUAUUGAUGUUCGUGAUGCUCAUGAAGCGUUAUCGGACCCUAAAUUGAGAAAACUUUAUGAUAAAUAUGGUGAAGAGGGCUUAAAUCCAAAUUUUCAACCAAACCAGUAUUCAAAAUCGUAUUCGGAUCAUCCAUUUCAUUUUUUUCAAGAGAAUACAGGGAAUACAUUUUUUUUUAACUCACAUCCAGGGCAGGGUGAUUUUCAAAGCUUUUUCUUUUCGGAGGGGCCUCAAUUUGAACGAGAACCUGUAGUCAAAGACCUAUACGAAAAAUCUGGAUCUCAUGUCGUCAAAAUCAAGUCUCAUACAUGGAAAUCAAUUGUUCAUGAAAGGGAGUGGUUUGUUCUUGUCAAUUUCUAUGGUCCAUCCUGUAGCCACUGUGUCAAAUUGGAGAGCACUUACGAAUCUAUUGCCGCUUCGUUUAAAGAUAUACUUGUGGUGGCAGCAGUGAAUUGUGAAAAAGAGCGGCGUUUAUGUCAUUCCUCCCGUAUUGAGAGUUUUCCUACAGUAAAGAUUUACUCCGAUUCUUUUGAAGAACCAGUCCAAACAUAUGAUGGAAACUCUUUCUCUGUGAAAAGCUUGAAAAAGUGGUUAAGUGAUCAUAUCAAAUUAUAUGGAGACAUCUUAACCAAUUCAAAUUGGAACUCAUGGAUUGUGUCAAAUUCACACUUGCCAAAACUCAUAUUUAUCACACCCAAUCAUCUGGUUCCUCUUUGGUUUCGUAAAGCAGUGUUUCCCUAUAAAAAACGCUUAUCUUUAGGUUAUAUUACCCUAAAACAUGCGGCUUGCCAGCAGCUUGCUAAUCAACACCUACCUCGAUCAAUGUAUCAAAAUUUGGUGACCCCUAUUUUGCUAAGAAUCACCGAUAUAGACACUGUUUCUGGAGAAAUCAUACCGAUCAAAACCUCAUCGACCUCUAUUGUAUCGCUCACUUUAAAUCGCAUUGCUGCCUCAAAUGAUCAGUACUAUAGAGAAAUGUAUGAAACAACUUUGAAUGAACUGACAAAGUUAAAAUAUGCUAGAGGAGAUUGUUCCCCCAAUGAAUCAAAGAUAUGUCUUCUUUUAUUCCUGCCACAUGACAAAUACAACACGUCUAAACCUGCCAUUGCUUUACAAGAAGCUUUAUUAAAGUAUCCAAAGGUAGCCAAACGGUUUUGGAUAUCUUCUUCAAAACAACCUCAAUUGUUGAAUGCAUUUUCAUUAUCCCCUUUCCCAAAAUCAUGUUUGACAUCGAAUGUUCCUGUGUGUUUAAAUCCAUCACUUGAUCUCAAUCUGGAUGUUAAAAAAGAAAAAAAUUGUAAUUUAGUACCUACCUCGCUUGAUGAGGCUUGCUACACAUUGAUAGCAUUUAAACCUAAGAGAAAAAAGUUUCUUGUGAUGAAGAAAACAAACUCAAGCACGGAAUCUGAGAUUCACAACUUUCUUGAUGCCGUUUUAAAUCAAGGUGUUCCAUUAGUCAAUUUACUUAAAUCACAUUUAAAUUUCGUGUAACUGUUUAAUUUUUUCGAUGGCUAGUAUAUAAUAAAGAUGUUUUUCUUCAUAGUCUUAAAAUCUUUUUUUUGUGUAACACUUCCAUUUAAAAUAACUGGUUUUCUAUAAGCUAACAAUCAACUUUUACUUAAACAGUAAUAUUAA